AAAGUUUGUCUGUGUCAAUUCUGAAUAUUAUCCCAGGUAUAACAUAUACUUUGUGUGAGAAAUAUUCCUAGGUCACGAACAAGUAUUGAUCGAGAAAGACUCGCACAACUAACAACAUUGACCCUUUAAAUAGCAAAAUACCUCCUGGUCUCACCACUAAUCCACACUAUUCAUACAGGUGUGAGCCCUGUUGUGAGAGUACCAGGCAAAGGUGAUCACCAUGACUGACUUUGUCUCCAUUGGGUUUGCACUUGUUGUGGCUGCGGGUGGGAUCCUAGGCUAUGUAAGGAAAGGCAGUGUCAUGUCGCUGGGAGCAGGCCUGGUGUUUGGGGGACUGAUGGGUGUGGGAGCAUACCAGACAUCUGUCAACCCCAACAACUACCUGCUGUCUCUGGGAACUUCUGGAGUACUGACUGCUGUGAUGGGUUCAAGGUUCAUCAACUCUGGGAAGUUCAUGCCUGCAGGCCUGGUGGCAGGGCUGAGUCUCCUGAUGGUGGCCAGGUUUGGGUACAGGGCCAUCUCCAACUGAGCUGGGACUA